CCCUGUAACCAUUUCCCUGCAACUCCUCUGCUCUAACACUCUCUCAAAAAUCCCCAAAUAAACAACAAAAUCAUCAUAUUUAUUAAUUCCCCUUUUCCUUUUUCAUAUAUUCUUCCAAUGGGUAACGCCGAUUACGUAUACCCAACUUCAGCGGCGGCAGGGGACGGCGGCGAGUGCUUACACAGGGCAGCGAUUCCGCCGGCGCAGCCGUUCGUGAAGUCGCUGAAGAACGGUUUGAAGGAGACGUUCUUCCCGGACGACCCACUCCGGCAGUUCAAGAAUCAGCCGGCGAGGAGGAAGAUGAUUCUGGGUUUACAGUACUUUUUUCCGGUGGUGGAAUGGGGGCCACGGUACAAUUUAGGGCUUUUGAAAUCGGAUCUUGUUUCUGGUAUCACCAUUGCUAGCCUCGCCAUUCCUCAGGGGAUUAGUUAUGCUAAGCUUGCUAACUUGCCUCCGAUACUUGGACUCUAUUCGAGUUUUAUUCCUCCGUUGAUUUAUGCCAUGAUGGGAAGCUCAAAGGACUUAGCCGUCGGCACCGUGGCAGUGGCGUCGCUUCUGAUCAGCUCAAUGUUAGGGGCGGAGGUUAGCCCUGUCCAAAACCCCACUCUUUAUCUCCACCUUGCUUUCACCGCCACUUUCUUUGCCGGAGUUUUCCAGGCUUCCUUAGGCCUCUUAAGGUUAGGGUUCAUUGUUGAUUUUUUGUCCCAUGCGACCAUUGUCGGGUUCAUGGCAGGCGCCGCCACAGUGGUGUGCCUACAGCAGCUCAAAGGCAUCUUAGGGUUAACCCAUUUCACUCACUCAACAGACCUUGUCUCCGUCCUCCGCUCUGUUUUUACCCAAGUUCAUCAGUGGAGAUGGGAAAGUGGGGUAUUGGGCUGCUGUUUUCUCUUCUUCCUCCUCAUCACCAGAUACUUUAGCAAGAAAAAGCCAAAAUUCUUCUGGAUAUCAGCAAUGGCACCUUUGACUUCAGUGAUUUUAGGAAGCCUUUUAGUGUUUCUCACUCAUGCUGAAAAGCACGGAGUUGAAGUGAUUGGAGAAUUAAAAGAAAGGGCAAAUCCAGUGUCAAUUACAAAUUUGGUGUUUGUGUCACCUUAUCUUUCCACUGCCAUUAAAACUGGCAUCAUCACUGGCGUCAUAGCUCUUGCGGAAGGAAUAGCAGUUGGAAGAAGCUUCGCAAUGUUCAAACAUUACAACAUUGAUGGCAACAAGGAAAUGGUAGCCAUUGGCACAAUGAACAUGGUCGGCUCUUGCUUCUCUUGCUAUCUCACCACAGGCCCAUUUUCGCGAUCGGCUGUGAACUACAAUGCAGGAUGCAAAACAGCGGUAUCAAACGUGGUAAUGGCGAUCGCAGUGAUGUUGACAUUGUUGUUCUUGACUCCUCUGUUCCACUACACUCCUCUUGUUGUGCUUUCUUCCAUCAUCAUUUCCGCCAUGCUUGGCCUCAUCGAUUACGAAGCUGCUAUUCACUUGUGGAAGGUUGAUAAAUUCGAUUUCCUUGUCUGCAUUGGCGCUUAUGCUGGUGUUGUCUUUGCCAGUGUUGAAAUUGGCUUGGUCAUUGCGGUGGUGAUAUCUCUGCUGAGACUACUUUUGUUCGUUGCGAGGCCGAGGACACUUGUGCUUGGAAACCUUCCCAAUUCCACGGUUUACAGGAAUGUUGACCAAUACCCGAAUGCCAAUAAUGUUCCUGGCAUUCUCAUACUUGAGAUUGACGCUCCCAUUUACUUUGCCAAUUCCAGCUACUUGAGAGAAAGGAUUAUAAGGUGGGUUGAUGAAGAGGAAGAUAGAAUAAAAGCUUCCGGUGAAAGUACCUUACAAUAUGUCGUAUUGGACAUGAGUGCCGUUGGCAACAUUGAUACAAGUGGAAUAAGUAUGUUUGAAGAGAUAAAGAAGAUUUUAGAAAGAAGGGGAUUGAAGAUAGUUUUGGCCAACCCUGGAGCUGAGGUAAUGAAGAAGCUGGACAAGGGCAAGUUCAUCGAGACCCUCGGACAUGAAUGGAUCUAUCUUACGGCUGUCUCUUAUACACAUCUAGAUGUGUAUAAGAGACAGGAAUGGAUCUAUCUUACGGUCGCCGAAGCUGUAGCGGCCUGCAACUAUAUGCUUCACUCUUGCAAACCAAACCCUGUAACUGAUGAGAAAGCUGAGCCAUGGAACAAUGUCUAAGACAUUGAAUCAAGGAAAGCAAGCAGAGCCAUGGAACAAACAAUGCCUCUGCUGAAGUCUCAAGCUGAAGUUAACCUCCGGGGUAAUUUUCCCCCCCUCUGGAUAGUAUCACUUGUAGGCCAAAAUAGUAUUUAUAUAUAGAUAAAUAUAUAUAAAAAAAAAUAUGCAAUUUAUAUUGAAAAAAGAGAGAGAGAGAGAGAGAUGAUAUGGAAGUGAGGAAAUGCUUGUAUUGCAUUCCCUAUUUUCUCAAUCGAAUUACUAAUUGUAAAGUUGUAUCUAAAAAUAAUGCUAAGCCUUUUUUCGUCUGGAA